AUGGCUCAACACGCUCCCGUAUACGCUAUCUGCUUAUUGAAGAACGAAACUAACACCGUCUCUGCUGUUGUUAGAUUAGUUGAAAAGUUCGAAAACAACAAAUUCGUCACUCACCUUAAGGCUACUUUCAAGGGUUUACCUGCUGGUCUUCAUGGUUUCCAUGUUCAUCAAUAUGGUGAUUUGUCUAACGGCUGUGCUACUGCAGGUCCUCACUUCAAUCCCUUCAACAAAUAACACGGUGGCCCAAAUGACGAAAACAGACACGUUGGUGAUCUUGGUAACGUUACCGCUGUUGAUGGUCAAGAUACUAACUUCGAAUUCUAGAGCGAUUUAAUCAGAUUAUCUGGUGAAAACACUAUUGUUGGAAGAUCUUUCGUCAUCCACGCUGAUGAAGAUGACUUAGGAAAGGGUAACUUUGAAGAUUCCAAGACUACUGGUCAUGCUGGUGCUAGACUUGCUUGCGGUAUCAUCGCCCUCGCUGCUCCCUUCGAAAAUUUCUGA